AUGUCGGUUCGCCAGAUGCUACCUAGUAAGGCCGAGGGAGACAUCAUCGACUCGGGUUCAGAAUUGUUCCAGUCCCAUUUGCACCCUGACGGUCUUCCUGUCUUGAAGAAGGCAAAGGGCCACUACUGGUACCCGGCUGACGGGCCCCGAAUCCUUGACGCCUGCGGCGGCGCCGGUGUGGCCUGCCUCGGACAUGGCCGCCGGGACGUCAUCAGGGCUGUCAACGCCCAGAUGGAAUCGUUCACUUAUGCCUCGUACGCCCACUUCAAAUCGAAGCCUGUCCAAGAGCUCUCCGACUGGCUGAUCCAGAGCACCGACGGCAAGAUGGAGAAGGCCUAUAUCAUGUGCUCCGGCUCGGAAGCAAUGGAAGCAGCCCUGAAACUCACCAUCGAAUACUUCCGCUGGGUGGGCGAGCCACAGCGCACAAACUUCAUCGCUCGGCACGAGUCAUAUCAUGGCACUACUAUUGGCGCCCUCUCCGUCUCUGGCCACCACACCCGACGCGUGCCCUUCCACUCGCUCCUGUCCCCGUCCAACUUCCACCACAUUCCUGCCUGCAACCCCUACCGCCAGCGUCUUUCGCCCUCCGAAACAGACACCGCCUUGGUCGCCCGCCAGAAAGCCGAGCUCGAGGACGUAUUUGCCCGCCUCGGCCCGUCCACCGUCGCAGCCGUCGUCCUUGAGCCCGUCGUUGGCGCCGCCCUGGGCUGCGUCCCGCCCGUGCCGGGAUACCUCGCGGCCAUGAAGGCUGUGUGUCAGCGCCACGGGGCGCUGCUAAUCUAUGACGAGGUUAUGUGUGGGAUGGGGAGGAUCGGGGGCAGGUUGCAUGCCUGGCAGAGAUUGGGAGAUGAAGACGGGGAUGAUGUGGCGCCAGACUUGCAGACUGUUGCCAAGGGGUUUGCGGGGGGAUAUCAGCCGGCUUCGGCUUUGCUGGUUGGGGGCAAAGUGGCGCGGGUUAUGGGUCGGGAAGGGAGGGUGUUUACGCACGGCCAUACGUACCAGAACCAUCCUGUGGUUGCGGCGGCGGCGUUGCAGGUGCAGAGGGCGGUGAAGGAGGAAGGGCUGAUCUGGAAUGUGAAACUACGGGGAUAUUUGUUGGGCAGGCUGUUGAAGGAGAGGCUCGGGCAGCACCCGAAUGUAGGGGAUGUGAGGGGGAAGGGGCUGUUUUGGGGUAUUGAGUUUGUCAAGGACAAGGCGACCAAGGAGCCGUUUGAGCCGGACUUGAAGGUUGCUGAGCGGGUGUAUAUCAGAGCGGUAAGGGUGUUUAGGGUGCUGGUGUACCAUGGUCAGGGGUGUGCUGGAGGUGGACGGGGCGACCACAUCAUGAUUAUGCCGGCGUACAACGUUUCGCGCAAGCUGGUCGCCAAGAUCGUGGAGAGGGUGGCGCGUGCAAUAGAGGAGAUCUUCCGGGAACUAUGA